AUGUCAAAAACCCUCUUCUCCGUGCCCAUCGCCCCCCUCGGCCCCCAUCCCGGCGGCUCCAUCACCGUCACCGAGCCCUCCCCGGCCGUCUACCUGCUCACCUUCGUCUCACCCCCGGACAACCGCCUCACCACCCCCGUCUGCAAAGCCCUCCUCGCAGCUCUCGAUCUUCUUGAAUUCGGCGGCCACCCUCCCGGAGUUCUCAUCACCACCAGUGGCAUCAGCAAAUUCUACAGCAAUGGGCUAGACCUACAGCACGCCAUUGAGACGGAGGGCUUCUGGGCCCUGUUCUACUCCGUCUGGCAGCGUCUCAUAACCUUCCCCAUGCCCACCGUCGCCCUCAUCAACGGCCACGCCUACGCCGGCGGCCUCAUGCUCGCCAUGGCCCACGACUACCGCCUCGCCCCCUCCCCAAAGGGCUUCAUCUGCCUCAACGAGGUCCUCUUCGGCGCCCACCUCCAGCCCGCCAUGGCGUCCCUCUUCCGCGCAAAACUGCCCUCCAACGCGCUCUUCCGCAAAGUCGCCCUCGAGGGCCACCGCUUCACCGGCCAGGAAGCAGUGGACGAGGGCAUUGCGGAUGCGUUGGCGGGCGGAUUAGAGGACGCGCUCAAGUUUGUGGCAGAGAGACAAUUGCUGGAGAAGCCCAAGAAGGGCGUGUACGGGACGAUUAAGAGGGAGAUUUAUAAAGAUCUUGUAAAGGAGCUGACUGGUGCGGGACUGGAGAUGGAGGAGGCGCGGUUCAAGGAGGAUACGAGAAAGGACGCGGACAGGAAGGAGUUUGGAAAGGUGUGGGUUGAGCAGUGGCGCAAGGAGAACAAGGCGAAGCUGUAA